CGGUCUCACUGACAGACCCACGGCCCUGGCUGCUCCUUCAGGCUCCCCCGGGGGCUGGGCCGUGAUCUGUGGGGUUAAAUCCCGGCUCCUCUCCCCCGUUGCCAGCUGGGCACGCGAGGCUCCGUUGCCCACCGUGGUGCUGCCAUGCCCCGACCCCAGCCGGCCUUAGCGGAGGGGAUCGCCACCCGGGCUUGAGCAGUGCGGGCUCAGUUGUGCUCUGCCUGUAGCCAGUGCACCACAGACAUUAACAGAGCCUCACGGCCGUGCUGGGCCAGGCAACAUGGAACUGACGGGCAGCACCAACCUGAUCACACACUACAACCUAGAACAUUCCUACAACAAAUUCUGCGGCAAGAAGGUGAAGGAGAAGCUGAGCAACUUUCUGCCUGACCUGCCAGGGAUGAUCGACUUGCCGGGCUCGCAUGACAACAGCAGCCUGCGCUCCCUUAUUGAGAAGCCUCCCAUCUGCAGCAGCUCCUUCAACCCCAUCACUGGCACCAUGUUGACUGGAUUCCGCCUGCAUGCCGGCCCGUUGCCAGAACAGUGUCGCUUGAUGCACAUCCAGCCACCCAAGAAGAAAAAUAAACACAAGCACAAGCAGAGCCGCACCCAGGAUCCUGUUCCCCCAGAUCUACGUCUCUCUUUGCAGAAACCCCCUCAGACUCUGACCACAAGAAGAAGAAGAAGAAAAAGGAGGAGGAUCCGGAGCGGAAGAGGAAGAAGAAAGAGAAGAAGAAAAAGAAGAACCGGCACAGCCCAGAGCACCCAGGCGUGGGCAGCUCCCAAGCCAGCAGCAGCAGCAGCCUCCGGUGAGCCGCCAACUCUGACCGUGGCACUGGGAUCACUCCAGGGAGACGCCCAUCAUCAACUUGCUGAGUGCUGGGGAGAGCGGCGCUGGAGGCGACAUUAGGAAUACCCCAGAGCGGCUCGCAGGGGGGAACUGGGCUGCCCCACCGGGGGCCCCGGUGUGUACAGAUAUCCCAGGGCAUCAGCCUGGUGGGAGCACAGACUCAGCUGGAGAGGGGGCACUGGCUGCUGCCUUUAAGGCUUGCUCGUCCCUUUUAUACCAAAUAAUCCUCUCAGUAGCAGAGGCUCUUUUUUAUUCAUGUUUUAAUUAAAUCUCUGCUUGGAGGAGACGCCGGUAGCUCUGUUUGAAAGUGCCCUGCACACUGCCUGUGCCUGGCUAGGCCUUGGCUCCCCACCCCUGGGCCAGGGCAGCAGGGCGGGGCAGAGCGGGUGCUGGCCCAGCCACCAGCAGAGUGAGCCUUGAGGACAUAGAUUUCAGCAGGGGCCUGGGCUGUGGGAAGCAGGUAACAGGCCAGAUGGGCAGAGCUCAGCCUCCUGGCUGUGUGGAGCAGGGGGGAGGAAGGGGCCGCGUCUAUUUCCUAAGGGGGCAGGUGUCCAGCUCACAAGUCUCCAGGGCAUUAAUUAGACCCCAGCCUGACCGGGCAAUGGGGAGCAGACUCCUGGGUUCAGGCGGGCAGUUCUGCUGCAGGGCUCUGGCUCUAGUAUGGCUGCCAGGAGCUAACAGCCCAAGUCUCACAGCAGUAGGAGGGGACAGAGACAGCCUGUUGUUUUCUGCUGCCCUGGCCAGCUGGGCUCACUGGCCUAACAGGCCAGCAGGGGGCACUACCUUCCCUAAAUAAACCACAUGGUGCUGCAGUGCCCAGGGCCGGAGGAUGCUGUUCCUGCUCUGCUGCUGAAGGUAGUGAAUGCCCAGCUGCCCCAGUCAGUUUGGCUCCAGGUGCAGCCCCUGGGAACCCUCCCACCCUAGCCAGGCUUUGAGCUGCUUCUCUUCCUGUUAAGGGGGCAAAGUGGCUGGGGCCUUAAGCGGUGGUUGUAGUUCCCUUCCUCCUCCUGCAGGGAACUGCUGCACAGUGGAGGCCUGGCAGCUCUGUGCUGCUUCUCAGGGCUUGACUCCCAGCAGUUCCCAGGGGCCAUGUGUUUUACAUCAGUGGGAGGUGGACUAGCCUGAAGCAGAACAAGCUCACAACACCCUCUGCAUGGAGCAUCUUGCAUGCACAGGGGUCAGGGGGAACUCUCCUGUGGUGGGGAUCCCCUGUCCCAGCAGGUUUUGGGCCCCUUCUCUCUGGACUGGGCUUCCUAGCUGUUCCUCAAAGCUGCCUGUGCCUCUCUUCUGUGCCAGCUACAGGGUGGGGGCAGGGGGCGGUGUCACCACUGCUGCACCUGGGUUUUUGGUGGGGGAGGGAGAAUGCACCCUCAGCCUGUGCUUGGCUCACACCUACAGGGCCAUCUCCAUGGGGUAGCAACUGCUGCCUUCCUGCAGGAACCAUGGGCCCUGCCAUGCAUGGGGCGUUCAAGCAGGAGGAGCGCCAGCCCUUUCCUGUGGUCCUCUCCUCCGUGGUGGCUCCACCCACCCUGUCCCUGCACAGCCUGCAGGGUUAAGCUGGAUGCAUGCAGGGGUAGGGCAGUGCAGUGCACACCUGCUUCCCAGGGGUGAUGAUAGACUGGGGCCAGCUGUGAGCCACUCCCGCUGU